CAGUUUUCGGUCUACCAUACAAACCACUCCAGCAAGCUCAUCUGCACGCGUACAAUGGGACACUGUUGUCGAAAGAGAUUGCUCAUUCAAGUCGCCGGAUCGGGGCGACGGUUGGCAGACAAAGAGAUGGGCAUUCCACAAGCCUCUCAGGCUUGCCGUUUACGGCAUCCGGGUUUCCUUGUAGGAAUCAGUAUUUCUUUAUUCCUCUUUUUGAGUUAACUUUCGCUGCUGUCAAUUAUGUUUCCCACUUCUCGCUUUCCUCGUCUUUCCUCAUUUAUUGAUCAGUGCUGCUGGUUUUCAUCUCUCAUCUUCGUUGGCAUCUCGCGUUAUUUCUGAUCAAAUCCCCUCGUACAAAUCCGCGAAUUCUAUCGCAAUGUCGGAUCACGCAACACCUCCCCAAGACGAGCUCGGUAGAACCGCAGAGCCAGGUAGCCAACAGGUUGCUCGAGAUCCUACGCCGGGCCCUUCUGGAACAAAUGCUACCGGUGAUCCGGCCGCAAACACCCUUGCUGGACCUUCGGGAGCAGCAACUGCGCAAACUGGAACAUCAGCCGCCGCGGCAACAGGCACAGGAACGGGUCCUUUGCAGACUACAGUGCCUGCCAAAGCCACAGCAAACAUGGGACCAUUGCAGAUUACAGUCCCCGGCUCAACGGCAGACAACACAGCGCCUCCUGAGAUGACGCUGGCUGAUCUAGCUGCAGCAAACCCGGACACACUAGUGCCUUUUAAUGCAGCAAACCCGCUGGCUCGAGUAACCACCGGAAACAAUAACUCCUCAUCCUCCGGCCAGACCAAGUCCACAAAGCGCUCCGCAACCACCGAAACUAGUGAAAGCACCAACUCUACAAAGCGCCAGCGCCUCACCCGCUACCGCGGCACCGCCCCUCCACCGGACAACGCCAACGAUCCCGCCACUACCUCCUCCCCCUUUCCUGGCCCCGUCCUCACCCAAACCCCCUUCGCACCGCCCUACCAAUCCAUUUUCCUGCGACAAAACCCAGACCUCGCCAGGGCCCUUGCCCAUGUAAACUGCAGCUACCUCACCACCCACGACGCCGCCGACCCCAAAGACCAUGAUAGCCGCGCCAAUACCGCUCCCACCCUCGCGGAACUCAAGGCGCACGCUCGCAGCCUCCUGCUCCUCAUUCGCAGCAUGAGCAUCAGUUCGCGCGCGACACUCAUAGGCAAUGCCACCCUCCAGGACCCCACGUCCGAGGACCAAGACGGCGCCUCGCUCGCGCCGGACUUCUACUCCAACCCCGACGCCUUCGAAUUCCUCAACGAUCUCUCCUCACCCUACCGCUCCAGAGACCCUGCCGAGAACGAACCCCUGACGAACCUCCUCAACCAACUCAUUACCCACCCCGACCCCUCCCGCAAGAUCCCCGCAUCAACCGAAGCCUGCCCUCUUGCCACCGUAAAAGUCAUCACCAAAGGCAGCGAACCAGCUUCCUUCCGCCCAGGCGUCAACCCGCUGCCACACUCACAAAUAAACCGCCUAAUGGCACAUGCCGACGAGCUGCUUCUCCAGAUUGACGCCGCGCUCUCCACCUCCGGGGGGCUGCUCGCUGCUCUCCCCCUCGACCUCCCCGCCUCCGAUCGGCGGCGCCAGACAUACAUCGGGCAGCUCAUCCACUUCAUGCGCACCCUCGUCGGGCGCCUCCAUGUCCUCGACCGCGACUAUGGACAGGCCCUAGGUCUCCUGGCAGGCGAGGCGACUAUACCUGCUGAGCUAAAACUCAACAUCGAACACCCCAGGCAGAUAGAGGCACCCCUCGUCGCCGCACAGCACAGGUUCAUCAUCAACACCGCCUCUGACACGUACAAUAAGAUCUGGGGCCACUUGCGGAACUGCGCCAGCGACAAGGCGGUGAGGAUAUCGGGGAUGGGGUUGCUGGAUGUGGAGAUCACGACGAGGUAUCGGGCGUUGAGGGGUGGGAAGACAAUUUUUGUGACCCCUAUCCCCGAUGAACCGACGGCGAGCGAGGUGGUUGGGCGCCCGACGGUGGUUGCGUGUACGCAGCCUGGGUUUGGGACGAGGACGAGCGAAUGGGAACGCAAGAAGGGGGCGGCGUUGAGGGAGGCAGAGGGGUUGAGGGUUAGGGCGGAGAUGGCGGAGAGGGAAGUGGAGAGGUUGAGGAAGGAUGUUGAGGCGCUGGUGCCGGAGGGGGUGUGGGCGAAUGGGGAGAAGGAGGAUGUGCUGACGAUGUGGGGGAAGGUGCAAGCGGAGAAGGAUGCGAUGGCGGGGGAGAUGAAGCAGAUGGAGUUGUUUAAAUCGAGGUGUAAGGUUUUGGAGAAGAAGAACUCGGAAAUGGGAAUGGAGUUGUUGAGGGAGAAGGAGAAGAUGAAAAAAAGGAGGGACGGGGUGGAAGAGGGUCUGAGGACGGAGAUUCAUAAGUUGAUGAACGAGAGGAAUAGUACUUCGGCUGGCGCGAAUGGCGCGGAGGUUGAAGGGCUGAAGAAACAGGUUGUUGAUCUGCAGGCUCAGUUGGCCCAGGCAAAGCGCGAAGGCGGAGGCACUGAAAAAGAACUCGAGACUUUGAAGGCUGAGGUAUCGAAGUUGCAGGGGGAGGUUGAGGAGUUGAAGGCGCAGGUGCAGCAGGAGGGUGGAGAGAAAGGGGGUGAAGAGGAAGAGGGUGACGAGGAUGGUGGAGAUGAGGGUGAAGAGGAAGGCGAUGAUGAGGGUGGAGAUGAGGAUAGUGAGAUUGAGUAGGCGUUGGUUACGGACGAGUUUAAAAUGAGAAGAAACGGGUUAUUUUAUGUUUGAGUGGGAAUUAUUGUUGCAGGUGUUACUGCCGGCGUUAUUACAGUUGUAUUUCCUUUCCAGCUUAAUAUGGUAGAAAGUAAGGACUAUACUCCGUAGUCUCAGCAUACAGUAUAACCUCCUUAGUACGAUAUUCAAUAGGCCAAUAUCCUCGAUAGUGCGAUAUUUUUUUAGGAACCG